AUGGGGACUUACCCUACAUGUUGGAAACCCUCCGUACUUGUUCCCAUCCAAAAACCAGGCAAGGAUCCAACUCUUCCAUCUGCGUACCGGCCCAUCGCACUCCUGUUCUGCAUCGGGAAACUGAUGGAGCGUCUUGUGACUACACGUCUCACCUGGUGGCUUGAGGAGAAGCACUUGCUGAGAGAGGAGCAAUGUGGCUUCCGACCUCGUAGAGGCACCAUCGGUGCCCUGAGCCAAAUGGAAUUUCACAUUAGUGACACGUACCGCCAACGUCAGGUCAUGCUCGCCCUCUUCAUAGACCUGGAGGGUGCAUUUGACUCAGCACCUCACGAGGGAAUCAUCUACAAGCUGGCCAAGCUGGGCAUUGUUGGUACCACCCUCGCUUGGAUCCGAGACUUCCUCUCCUACCGCUCUUAUCAAGUGGCAGUGGGUGCCUCCUUAUCAACCUUCCACCCCAUCUGCAGAGGCGUCCCACAAGGCUCCAUCCUCAGCCCCCUCCUCUUCAACGUCCUCCUGUCUGGCCUCCACAUCCCCCUCCACUCACAACUCCUCAUAUAUGCCGACGAUAUCACCAUAGUCAGCCGUGCACCGAAACUGGCCAUGGCCCAGACCAACAUGCACGAAGCUGCAGCUGCCUUAAGCGACUGGGUAACCACCUGGGGCCUGACGGUUAGUGCUCCUAAGAGCACACUUAUGUACUUCACCCUGAAACACCUCCCAUCCUCACCUACUACAUCACUGUGUGGACAGGGUGUCCCCUACUCCAGGGAGCACACCUUCCUGGGUCUACGCCUUGAUGGCCCUCGUCUUUCCUGGGCCAGACACAUAGACCAUCUACGCACUGCCUGCAAUAAACGUCUUGAUAUUCUGAAGAAGAUUGCUGGAAGAGUGGAAUCCUCCCUUUAUCUAUUCACAGAAGAGACUUUGUGCCAGCAUCACCACCACAUUCUGAGCUUACCCCAGUCACACCCCCUCCUCGUUACCCUCUAUUCCACCUCUGGGGUGGACCAACACACUCCUGUAUGGCUCCCUGGAGCACGGCAACCCCUCCUUGUCAGAGCCCUACAAACCCUCAACACCCUGGGCUUGCCACCACCACCUUCACAGCCCAUUAGCCCACACUCUCCCAUCCCACCAUGGCUGGACCUCUCCCCCAUGUUCACCUUACACCUUCCCGGCCUCCCCAACCGGCACUCUUCAAGCAGAUUAGCAUCACUACUCUUCCAUCAGAGGGACAAGACAUUGUUUAAACACCACGUCAAGCUCUACACAGAUGGCUCCCACUCUCCACCACCCUCUACCGCCGCAGCCAUCUACGACCCCGCCACAUCCAUCUGCAGGACAUGGCGACUCCCACCAGAGACAGACGUCCUGACAGCAGAGCUGUAUGCCCUUCACCAGGCUGUCAACCACCUGCAGAUCUGUCAUACCAAGGGCAAAGCAGUAAUCUACACCGACUCCCUCUUCUCACUCCCCCUCCUCCUCUCCCGUCACUCAUCCUCAUCCACCGCCAUCCUCCACACCACCCAGAGGAUCCUCAUCCAUCUUCACACCGAAGGAUGGGAGUUAACCCUCCAGUGGAUUCCUUCCCACACAGGUAUCCGGGGUAACGAGGUCGCCGACACCGCCGCCAAGAUGGCCCUAUCAGAAGUAAACAUUACCCCCUUCCCUCUGCCACUCUCCACCGCUAAGCGCCUCAUAUCACGAGUAUGCCACUCUACCUCCGACACCACCCUUGCCACUGGCCUCCGCGUCACCUCCAUGGGCCAAUAUCGCCACAAUUCCUCCCCGCAGCCGUGGGUGAGGCAACAGUCCCGCGCCCUAGAUGUAGCUCUUACCCGUCUCCGCCUGGGUCACACCACAUUCAACGCACACCUGCACUGCCUCCGCCUGGCGCCAGAUCCCCACUGUCCCUGGUGCAGGUCCGUCCCGGAGACCAUAGAACAUUUCUUACUACAGUGUUCCCGCUUCCAUUCCCAACGCGUUCUGCUACGAGCACAACUUAUCGCUCUCGGAGUUCCCACUCUUGACCUGCCCACUCUGCUGGCUGCGGCGGGUGUCCACCCCACAAAACACGCCGUUUUACGCCUCACCUGUGUAUUCCUGAAGAAGACGGGACAACUGUCACGCCUUCCACAGCUCCCUGGCAAACGCCCGGGGGAGCACAACGGCCAGCUCAUGUGUUCAUCAGACUCCUACUAA